GCACUCGUUUCUGCCGGUAUCAACACCGCGAUAGCUCUCUCGCAACAGUCAAAACCGAAAAGAAAAACCACGAUGCAACUCAUCAUCUACCUCGCCGCCACCGCCACCUUUCUCUCCUCUUUCGCCGCAGCACAGAACUGGUGUGUCGGGGAUAAGUCCAUCGCCGGCUACUGCACUCCAGAGACCUGUACGAAUUCCCGGUGCCACCACUUUCCCUUCUGGUCUGUCUCGGGAGCAAAAGCUGUCCAACAGAGAUAUAUCGGGAGUCAAUGCUCUUAAGACAUGACUCAGAACUCCCAGAUCACCGUUUAUUCAUUUUAGAAUGGUAAAUGCUAAUCCCAAUGGUUGAAGGGGUCGGCUCCACCAACUCCUCCGCGCCGCUCAUCUCGGAAUGCUACGACGCAUGCCGCGGAGUCAGUACCGAUGCAGGGGACUGGUAUGCCGAUCUGACUGGCAAGCCUGAGGGAGUGAAGUCCCUUCUCGUUGGUUAUGCGUGUACCUUCUCGAUCGGCCGCGGACCCAGUCAGGGAGAUCCGCUCGCGUUCUCCCUUCACAACCAGGACAUCCUGGAUAUCUACGAUGGGGCGAUUUCACGAUUUGGGAGUGACGGACGGGUUAGCGCUUCGGGUACGAUGAUCUGUGAGGGCAACCAGGUGGCUUGGUGGGUCGAUUGAGCUAGCAAUAUAUAUGAAGUCUAUCAGAUGUACAGUUAACAGGACGACUUAGGCAACCACUGAGGUGCUUACUUCAGUACAUAAUAUGAACAGAAGU